AUGAGUCCCGGCGCCCCAAGUCCUUUAGAGGCGCAGGCCGCCAAUGCUGAGCAGGCGCUCGAUCCCAUUUCACGACAAAUAUUAGAGCGCACUCAGUCGCAGAACAGGCUGCCGCAAAGCACUCAGAGCGGUGUGUCUUCCAAGUCCAAUUACGCGGAAUCCGGACCAUCCGAAGACCAGUACUCGGGCAGACUGAGUUCCGACCCGGUACCUUUACGCAGAGUCAACAGCACCGCCAGUAACAAGCUGGGCAAGGACAAAAAGUGA